AUGCAUUGGGACGAUAAGAUACCGGAGGUAGAACGACAUCUCAACUCCGCCGUCAACAAAACAAGCCAAAAGUCGCCUUUCGAGGCACUCCACGGCCAUCGCCCACGGUUCACGAGAGGCGCUUUGGGAAACCUAAGCCAAGCCCGUAAUGCUUGGGCAGCUCCGCAGGAAGUACAAGCGCAGCUCCGUGACACAAUUACCGCCGGACAAGACCGUAUGAAGUCAUGCUACGACCAACGACAUUACGAGGGUGUAAAAUACGACGUUGGCGAGGUGGUGGUGAUGCUACGCCAGCCUAGGCUGGACCAACCAUCCAAGUUACAAGUAAAAUACCGGGUGAGACCUCUACAGGUCAUGAAAGUGUUACCUGGGGACACCUACCGUGUGGCCGAGGUAGCCACGGACGGGCGUGAAGUUUACGCCACCACCGCUCACGUCUCUCAGCUGAAGUCUUGGAAGAUAUUUCCGGAGGAUGAAGACGAUGUACCAUCAGAAGUCGACACAGAAGACCCAGUUCAAACAGAGGACGAGAAUGCAGUACAAGAGCCGGUACGAGCUGUCCGAGAUGAGGUCGAAGAAGAAGACAUAGUCACGACCACCAGGCCAGUACGGACGAGGAGACCACCUGCCCACUUGUCGGACUACCGUAUGGACUGA